AUGGCUCAUGUCCUGAUUCCAAGGAGUGAAACCGCAUUCAAAAAGGAUAUCUGUGCCCCGCUCGGCUACCUGGCCCAAUGGCAGAACUAUGCUAUCCGCACGUUCGGCCAAGUUGCGACGGGUUCACCGGCUUUCGGCCGCUUGAUCGAGACACUACAAACCCGGCAGGGAUUGGAAAAGGUGAAAUCCUGCCAGCAGUCCGGCACUGCGCUACAUGGAAAAUCAUCGAGCGACAUAGGCAUUCAGGACCUGCUUCGAGGGGAAGUGAACCAAUUGUGGCUCGAGUUCAAGAAGCAGAAAGCUGGUGCAGCCUUGGUCAGCAAGAAGCCCGAAGCAACCAUGAAGGAGGAAGCAAAGGAUGCACCCACCGGUCAGACACAGACUGAGACGCUCAGCGAUACGGCCACUGCCAGUGGCACAAGCAUCGAGGUGGUCGACCUCUCGAUGACGGUGCUGCCGGAGGAGCCCGAAGAUCCGGUUCAGAAGGCAGCUCGAGAGAAGUCACAUGCCGAGCUGGACCAUGUCUUUAUCCAAACGGACAAGUCUCUCCUCCUGGAGGCAGUCAUUCAAAAGAUGACAAAUUCGUCUCAGAAAGUGUGCUGCAUUAUCGAUGCUCAGACGAGCAGGGCCAAAGUGAGCUUGGACUAUGUGGAGAUAUUCAGAAACUUUGUGGUCGGUCAUGGUCUGACGCGCUACAGCUUCGUGGUGAUAGUCGGUCAGAGGAUUGACCUCCUUCAUGCGGUGCACACCAAAGUAGCUGUGCAAGCUGAUAUGCCAUAUGUGGUGAAUAUCUUGCGGCACAGGGCCACCCCGGCAGAACAGAUCCGCAAGCGAUGCCUUCGACGUGACUGCCCACUUCGUGAUGACACGGACAGGUCGGAGAUGCUUCCGGAAGGAAAAACAGUCCCGGCUAAUCACGAGCUCCCGGAGGACGAUCGGGAAACCGACCCGUACUCCGUUGAGCCAGCCGAUGAAGGAGCCACAGCCACAUCGGUUCUUGAAGACGACACACCGCCGGGACUUCCCGGCACUGGCAAUGACAAUGAUUCUGGUCCGAGGGAUUACCUCAUAGAUCUCUGGCCUUUUGCCCGGCCGGUCGGCUACUAUGAACAAGUGUUGGAUGAGAUCCUGAAGGCCACGGGCUGUCAGACCGUUCUUGUUAUGUCAGUGUCCGCGCAUCCUGCUCCGUGGAUUGCUGUGCGCAAGCUGCUUCAUGCGGACUGCUUUGUACUGGCAGACCGCUUGCGCCGCCAUUCGAUGGCACACGCAAAGGAAAUUGCCCUGCAAUAUUUUUACCGUGUGGCAUACAAGGACCUUGACAAACGCACAGGACCACGGAAGAGGCUUCUGGGCCAAGCGGACGUACAAGUGAUGAUGAGCCCACACAUCUCGGGGCAACAGAUCAUCGAGUUUUUGGAGGUGCCCGUUGAUUCCUCAGUAGAUCAAGUGCCCACUGACUUGCCAAAGUUUCUCAACGGCCUGGUGGACCGUGAACUGGAAAAGAACAAUCUGUACUUGCAGAGCAAUGAGGGAUGCCUCAGCCUGAAGGCAAAGACGCGCAACAAUUGCGGCAUCGGUGCAAAGUGUGAGGUUCUGGUCAGUUAUGGGUUGGACUAUGAUUUGACUGGUGCCAAGAAACCACGUCUGGAAUCCUUCUUCAAGGCCAAAGUCGAGGGCGAGGGAGUGCAGGAUGUGAAGAUGGAGACCAGGUCGGAGGCGGAAGCCGCUGCCAAGGAGACAGAGGAAACUCCGCAGGAGGAGAAUCCUGGAGCAAGACCAACAGGCAACCAGCCAGAACCCGUGGAGGUUCCAGAAAGCAAGCCAGAGCCCCCCACUGCCCCGAGCAAGAAAAGGUCGGACGAGGACGAAGAGAACUUGCAGGAGACGAUUGUCAAGCAUAUCGAUGAUCCACCAUGCGACUUCAUUUUGUUGGAAAACGACACGUCCUCAGAGUCAGGCUUCGGUAUCCGAAUUCGGAGUAUGGCCGAUGUGAAUCGGAGGCUGCCGAAGCACUGGCUUGUGACCUCCUACCAACAGGGCAAGCUGAUCCGUGUCAACAAUGAACAGUUUCCGGAGGCAUGUCUGAGGUAUGAGGUGGCGAUGACUGACCUGGUCAUCGAUAUGUCUGUGACACCCAAGACUGUUUGCACGAUGAAGGAGCUGGUGAAGACAAGCGGACAGUUGGUUGCAGAUGGAAACCACUGCCUCACAGAAUGUGAGCCACUUCACUACAAGCUCGCUGAAGCCAUGCAGGAGUUGACCAGCAUCGGUCUGGCUUGGGGCUUUCAAAAAGCUCAGAACAAGUUGGUCAAUCAGCGCUGUUGGACCGUUCAUGCAGAGUCGAAAAAGAUGGCCUGUGUCUUUUGGCCGUCCCUGUUGGACGAAGGCUUGCUUCUGAUGGCAGCUAGGUGGGCCAAGUCCAGUCCCUGGGAGCCCUCUGUGAAGAUCCCCUUGAUCCUGGCCGGGCCUUCUAUCCGGAAAGAUGCCAUCGAGGAGACCCCUGUUUCCCUGAUCGAUGUGCCACGUACGCUGCUGGAUUUCGCUGGCGCAACGCCUGCACAGGCCAUGGGAGGCUACUCCCUGCUCCCGGCCCUGCGUGGAUCCGGGCCGGUCGAGCGACCUGCGGUGCUGAGCGGCCUUUACAUGCCCACAUGGGAGGAUUCCGGCUGGCGCACUCUCAGUGAGUACUUUGAAUCUGUCGCGGCGCUGUUCAGCGGUGGGCAAUUUCUGAAGCUGGUUUGCUGCCCUCGCGGCUGCUCCAAACAGGGCACGCUUCUACCUUUCUCCAGCUUGCCCCAAGUAGCGCUCAUGAACGUCACCAGCGGUGCCGGCACCACCAAGUUUGAGCACGACGUUUUGAACAAGCCUUCUGGGAAUGGCUUGGCCGAAGCCACGCACUUGGCCGAAUAUUUGAGCUUGGGCUCGAAUUGGACAUGUUUUGUUGUUCCUUGGUUUUCAGGAGUCGGUUGA